CUACACGUCUGGAAUCUAUUAGUUCAUUCCUUGGGAACAAUGCGAUCCUAUAAUACCUGUCUUAAGCUAAGAACACUUUCCAUUCCUACAUAACUCUAUAAAAAGGACUCACCUCUACAAGCCUCUUUCUAUUCACUAUUAUUUCAAAUGUUUGGCCCAUGUGACCACCUAAAAAUUGAGUCACUUCAGUGGCAAGUAAACUCAAGAAUUUAAGAAACUAAAAGAUGUCUUGCAUGCACCAAUCCAAAAUUUUCUUUUCCCCUACUCAUAUGUCUGGAAUCUUUUAGUUCAUUCCUUGGGCACAAUGCGAUCCUAUGAUACUUGCUCCAAGAUAAGAACUCUUCCCAUUCCUACAAACCUCUAUAAAAUGACUCACAUCUUUGCCUAUUUCCUUCCACAGCCAACCAAGUUAAUCAUUGUGCUUGCCGCCAACAGUAGUAACGGUAAGCACCAGCAGUUGCAUGCAACACUCUAGCAUGAAGAGCCAUGAGGCUGGUGAUGCCGACCAUGGCUUCAGGAUCAUCACACUAGCCGGUGACAACAAGGGCGCAACCAUGAAGGCAAACAUGGAUCAACUGAUGGACACCGAUGGCAUGAUGUACGAUGACAACGACAUCAUAUGCACCUACACCAAUAACAACUAUCAGGCUGUGAACAACUCAUUUCUUCUUCGUGGGAGCUGCACGGCUGAGGACCCCGGCAUUCAUGUGGUCAUAUCAGAGUAUGUUGAGAAGGUUGGCGAUGGUGAUGAUCAAGAGAGGUAUGAGAAGAAAAAAGAGAAUAACAAGAAGGACAAGAAAAGAGAAGAAGAUAAGAGCAAGGGAAGCACCAAAGAAGGUUUGGAGUGGUAAGAAGUAUGGCUUAUGAGCAAAAUGAUUAUGAAGCAAUACUUUGAAUGCUAAUAGGUAAUAGCCUUAGCACCAAGUACAAGUAAUAAAUCUUGUAAGUUGAUGCCUGCUAUAUUAAUAAAGAGAAAUUACGUUCCGCAAGUCACACUAAGGUGUUUAGUGUGAAUUCAGAUGAAAACAUUGCAUUUGUGCAUGAGGUAAAUCGAACAGCAAAACGAGGAGCGCCACAAAGCAGCUUUAAACAUGUAAUUUUUGUUGUUGCAAUGACAUUUCUGUGUCAAUCCAUGGAAUUUGCAAAGUAAAAGUUCUACACAAAUUCAACACAUGAAAGAAUCAAGAUUUUCCGCAA